AGAAGUGCAAGUUAGCUGUGGGGAAUAUCAACAAUGUUGUUGCAAUGGGAAUGGUGAUUCCGUUAGAUGGACCAAUUCAUGGAGUGCCAUUAGGGGAUGGUAACGUACGAGUUUCUGUUGAAGUACCUAUUAAGGGUGAGGCUCUUCUGCCAAUACCUAUUGGCGAUGAAAUUGUGACUCUUAGACAAGCAAUUGGGACUCAUGUGGCUUGGCCUCGGAAUCUUGUUAUAGUGACCAAUGAAAAGCCCAAGCUAAAGACUCCAAAUGCAUCAUUUAAACCCAUGUUGCCACAAAACUUGUACAAGAUGCCUCUAUCUGUACGAUUUCUAUUGCAAUUUGCUAGGACAAUGCGAGAAGAAAAACCAUUGAAGGUGGCCAUUGAUUCUGGUGUCUUUGGAUAUGAACAAGAAACUUACCUUAACAAAGAUGACAUCAUUGAAUUUUGUUCGAUGGAACCACUGUCUACUGUUUGCAUGACAAUCUACAUGAGACAUCUAUGGUCAUCAUUAAAGAAAGAUCAUAAGGAUAACUUGUAUGGAUUUGCGGAUCCAUCUUCCUUCUCUCAUGAUUCUGGAAAACGAGAUGAAAGAUCGUUUGCGUUGUCAGUAAGAUUAGAGAAAAGCAAGGAACAACAAUUGAUUUUUGCUCCUUACAAUUUUGGGUUUCACUGGGUUAUGGUUGUAAUUAAUCCUUAUAGUGAUAUGGUGUAUUACUUGGACUCUCUUAAUCCUGUUGACAUAGAUCAUGGAUUAAAAGGUGUUAUAGACGUUGCUCUAAGAAUGUUUAAUGCCCAAAAAGGAAGGAAUCGGAAAAAUGCUAUUUGGAAAAUCAUACAGUGUCCUACUCAAGCGGGAAAAGUGGAAUGUGGAUAUUACGUAAUGAGGUUCAUGAAAGCAAUCAUUGAAGAUCCAACCAUAUUAACAAGAAGCAAGUUCAACAACCAAAGUUACAAUCAAGAAGAGAUAGAUGAUGUUCGAGUAGAGUGGGCUGAUCUUGUUGAAACAUUACUCCAAGAUGAUGUAGAAUAGUUUGGUUAGUAUAUUUUGAAAUGUAUAUAUUAAGCUGAGUUUUUGUGCAUGCCCAUGUAAAGUUUAGAUCAGCUAGCUUUUUGUAAGCACUAGAAGUACAUGUAAUGUGAUCUCACCGAGACUUGUGGUUGGCAUGUGUAUUUUGGAUGCCACGAGGCUUGGGAUAAUUUGUACACAUUGCUUGGAAUCUCCAUGACAAAAAUAGUGCGUC